GUAUGAAACUGUUCCGUGGCUCAUAAAGGUUCCUACUCGUAGCUCCGAUUCCUCUGUGAACACCGCAACUUCUUGGCUCUUGUCAAGGUGGGAAAGCUUGCACAAGCCAUGGCCUGUCACAGAAUCACGAAAAGACAUUGCAUAACGUCGAACACUGGCCAGUCUCAAGCGCUCGAGUGGGUUUUAGGACUGUCAGAAGCACCCACCAGCAAGCUCCAUCUCGUCCUCUGUCUGACGCUGCUUGUCCUAGUGGCAAUUUGCUUCAUAAGCUUGGAAUUUCGGUUUCUGGGAGCUGGUCCCCGGGUUUCGAGAAGCGGCAUAGCUAAUAGUGUAGUGCAGAGGAGAGACGUGGGGGAGAGGCGAUACUUGUAUUGGGGCCCAGGAAUCGAUUGUCCUGGGAAGUAUUGUGUUCAAUGUGGUGGACUUGGUCACCAGGAGUCAAGCUUGAGAUGUGCUCUCGAGGAAGCUUUGUUUCUCAACAGGACAUUUGUGUUGCCAUCAACUAUGUGCAUUGCCAAGGAACACAACAAUGCAAAGCUACCCCAGCUUAGAGAGGACCAAUGCAGGUUGGAGUUGAACAGGUGCUCCAUGGCUGCGCUCUACGAUCUGGUGUUAAUGUCGCAGACAGUGCCUGUGAUUGCAUCAAACUCCAAAGAAUGGCAUGAUAUAUUUUUACGAAAAGACACGGUGUUUGUUCAAGUUGAAGGCAUAAAGCGGGAGGAACUGAAGCAUAAGGAAAUGUUUCGGCAAGCACACGUUGUAAAUCGCACUGCAAACAAGCAGGCGUGGUUUAUGGAGUGCAAGAAUCGACAUAAUCAAAGUGCCAUUAUGCUUUCUUAUUCCUUCCUACAGACAAUGGUUGCACCCCCACUUCGCGCUGCUGCCGAGCUCAUCAAAGAGGAGCUGAAAGACUACGAUGCAUUACAUGUUCGCAGAGGUGACAAAGUGAAGGUUCAUAAGGCAAAAUCUGGAGCACUUCGCACCAUGUACGCCCACCUGGACAAUGACACUCAACCAGAGGCCAUACUAAAGCGCAUCAAGCCUUGGAUACCUGCAGGCCGCACUCUUUACAUUGCCACUGAUGAGAGACAAGUUCACUAUUUUGACAAGUUAUUCUCAAAAUACAGGGUGAUGAAGGCAAAGAAUUUCUCUUCAAUCUUGGACACUGUCGUUCAUAAUAAUUAUCAGCUGUUCAUAGUAGAGCGGUUGGUGCUUAUGGGAGCGAAGACCCUGGUUAACACGUGGAAGGAGAAUGCUGAUGAUCUAAGCUUAAGUGACGAAACGAAAAAGAAACUGCACCGAUGGGAGCAUGCUGUAAACUCAUCAUAACGUGAGUACCCGCUGCGCAGGAUUGUGCCCUGAGCUUGUGUUUCUCGAUAUCAUGCAUUUGUGCAUAAUCUUUUGAUACGAUCAACGCACUAAUAAGGCAUGAUUAAAAAAAAGUUGAGAAGGAUGCUCCAGGCUGCUGGAAAACGUUCCGCAAGUUACGCAAGCAUUAAGGUGCCUCAUCACGAGCACCAGCAGGCUACUUUUACUAUUGCAACACCAGCUGCACCAAUAUGCACAUUAGAACGUAAAUGUGACUAAGUCACUGCAUUUUAAACUACCGAAACAGCAUAAACGUUUCAUAAGUGCAUCGUGAACCGGGACAUAAUUCUGAACAUAAACAGCAACGUUCCAACGAUUGAAUUCGUUCAAGCACUACAUGACUAACGAAGAAAAUGUGAAUACAACUCACUCUACAACUUGCCAACAUGAGAUAACUGACGUAAUAACUAUAUUUACCAACUCAUACACAGGUGUUGAACUCAUUGGCCUACUAAAUCCCCAAUAGUCAACUUCUAGACACAUACACAUACCUCCAAUUUCGGCUUGGCGGUCUCAAAACCCUAAAAUCCUUCCAAGAAUAGGAUUAGGGUAGAUGAAAACAGUGUAACGAAAAACUGAUCGGGAGAUUCGUGCAGUGGAUGCAAAAGCUUCAUAUCCUCGUGAUUAAAAUGUUUUUUUUUUGAAACAACGUUGCAAUCUCC